AUGAGGAAUCAGUCAAGAGAGAUCGAGUUCGUUCUCCUAGGAUUGACCAAUGACCCACAAUUGCAAAUUGUGAUUUUCAUAUUUUUCUUUCUAAACUAUGUGCUGAGUGUGAUGGGAAACUUAUCCAUCAUCCUUCUUACCUUGCUAGAUCCCCGACUCAAGACUCCCAUGUAUUUUUUCCUCCAAAAUUUCUCCUUCUUGGAAGCUUCAUUGACAACAGUCUGUAUUCCCAGAUUCCUGAUAAGCAUCGUGACUAAAAACAAAAUAAUUUCUAAUAGCUGUGCAUCUCAGUUAUUCUUUUUCCUCUUAUUAGAAAUUACAGAAUUUUACCUACUGGCUGCCAUGUCUUUUGACCGUUAUGUAGCAAUCUGCAAACCCCUACAUUACCCCAUCAUUAUGAACAACAAAGUGUGUUACCAACUUCUAUUCAGUUCAUGGACAGUUGGCUUUCUGCUUUCAUUUCCACCAGUGGCCUCGGGACUGACACUGGAUUUCUGUGCUUCCAGAGUAAUUGAUCAUUUCAUGUGUGACAUUUCCCCUGUGCUGCAGCUUUCCUGCACUGACACUCAUUUCCUGGAAUUGCUUUCAUUUGUCUUAUCUCUUGUAAAUCUCCUGGUCACGUUGCCGUUACUGAUUCUUUCUUACACAUAUAUUAUCAAGACCAUUCUAAAGAUCCCUUCUGCUCAGAAAAGAACAAAGGCUUUUUCUACUUGCUCUUCUCAUAUGAUUGUAGUCUCCCUUACUUAUGGGAGCUGUAUCUUUAAUUACAUAAAGCCAACAGCAAAGGAAAGGUUGACUCUAUCCAAAGGUGUAAGUGUUAUUUAUACCUCGGUUGCCCCUUUAUUAAAUCCUUUCAUUUACAGUCUCAGAAACCAGCAAGUGAAACAAGCCUUCAAGGACAUAGUCCAAAAGAUUUUCUCUUUUUUUAAAAAAAUGAAAAUUUAA